AUGUUUUUAGGCAUAAUGCCCGGUACCAAUCUUAUAGUCCCCGUUGUAUUAUGGGGCAAACAUGCUCCGACACAUUGCAUUUCAUCAGUAUAUCUAUCAAGAGAUCAGAAAACUCUUGUAACUGGAUGCUAUGAUGGUCAAAUAUGUAUUUGGCAAGUGGAUCCCGAUUCAUUGAAAAUGAUACCUCGUUGCCUUCUCGUCGGACACACAGCUCCUGUCACAUGUUUAUCUAGAGCUUCUAUAAUACAGGAUAAUAACUUCAUAGUGAGCUCUUCAGAGGCUGGUGAGAUGUGUACCUGGGAUUUGGUGGACGGUAAAUGCAGGGAGAGUGUAAAACUGACACAAAUACAUACAAAUAUACAGGCCUACCACAUGUGUAACAGUGAAGAUUUGCGUCUAUUUUGCAACGGUUACUACGCUGAGAUAUUGAUAAUGGAUCCAUUCUCAUUGGAGAUCCUGUUCUGUUUGAGUUCAAAGAUGAAUCCCGAUUGGAUAUCAGCAUUGCAUGUUCUACGUCCAUCUUCAAGGAAAGAUGAUGUUGUUCUCGCAAUUUCUAUAACUGGUACAGUUAAGGUGUGGUCUCUCCUCGGCCAUGAGAAUAAGCAAUCAGAACCAAUAUAUGAGAAUGAGUCAAAACAGAUCCGUUGUUUGAAUGCUCUUUCAUUAAACUGCUGCGCUUACAACCAGCGUACAGUGUUGAUAGUCUGCGCCAAAUACUGUCAGAUAUAUGAUGCUGGUGAUUUCUCAGUGCUGUGUUCUAUCCAAGCGCCAUCUGGUGAGCGUUGGAUGUCAGGUGACUUUUUAGCACCAGAUAGAGUAUUAGUCUGGUCGACUGAAGGAAAAGGGUACCUUUAUAAACUACCCGCAAACAAACUUCGCGGGCGAGUUAUCAGUAGUUCGGUACCUGAUCACAAAGGCUUUCACGGACCAACAGUUGAACACGAUAGUCCAGUUUUGUUCGGCAUAUUAGCUCAUCCAGAUAAUAAGUUGCUGUCAUGCCCACCAGCUAUGCGUUUCAUUCUGACUUCUGUUGGCGGGAAACAGAGAAGAUUAUUAUUAAGAGGAGAUUCACACGGUGUCGUCUCUUUAUGGAAUGUAGAUGAUGCGGCCACGCCACAGAUUAAAAACGUUUCUUCCCAUGCUCCCAUCGUGAUGACUAGUUUGGAGAUGGCCUGGGCAGAGAUGAACCCCAGUCCUGUGGGUAUAUUAGAUCAGUUUGGACAUCCGGAUGAACCUGAAAUAAAACUAACAUCAUCAAUAUACUUGCUGGCCGCUAACAGAUUGGUGGUAGGUCGUGAGGAUGGAUCUAUAGUGAUAGUGAACGCGACACAUACAGUACAACUGCAAUUGUUGCACGGGAAUCACCAGCAGUUGAAUGACUGGCCCCCACAUCAGCUACUUUUGGGACACAACGGAAGAGUGAACUGUUUGCUUUAUCCACAUUAUGUUAAUUACAGGUACGACAAAGCCCACCUAGUAUCAGGUGGUAUAGACUUCGCCGUGUGUCUAUGGGAUCUGUUCAGCGGGGCGCUUCUUCAUCGCUUCUGUGUUCACGCGGGGGAGAUCACACAGUUAAUAGUACCACCACAAAACUGUAGCCCUCGCAUACAAAAGUGCAUAUGUUCAGUUGCCUCCGAUCACAGUGUGACGUUACUGAGUUUAUCUGAACGUAAGUGCGUGACGCUAGCAUCACGUCACUUAUUCCCGGUGGUGACAAUCAAGUGGCGGCCGGCUGAUGACUUUAUGGUGGUAGGAUGUAGCGAUGGCACAGUUUAUGUGUGGCAAAUGGAGACUGGACAUCUUGAUAGAGUAUUACACGGUAUGAUAGCCGAAGAAGUUCUUGGCGCGUGUGAUGAGGCUGUCGCUGAUGAAUUAGGCGGAGCAGUCGGUGGGGGCGACCUGCAAGGCCUGGCAAAUCCAGCGGUUCACUUCUUCAGGGGUCUUCGUCAUCGUAACUUGACAGCAAUGAGAGCGGCGACCCAGCGUGGGUUGGCAGCCCUACAAGUAGCUGAUCGAUCCGGAAACGCCGGGCCACUAGCGGAGCCCGCGCGUGCGAGGCGAGCGCCCCUAACAGUACAGGGCUUCCGGUCCAACCCCGCCGAUCCUGAGAGCCACAUACUGUUCUUCGACAUCGAGGGACUGAUCGUGGAGUUAUUGAGUGAGGAGUACUCUGCUAUGAGCCCGGCAAGCUUGGAGGCUGCCGGUCUCAUAACAAGUGAAUACAUGAAGGUGGCAGCCCUGACACAGAGUGCCAGCCCUGACGCAGCCAAGCGGAUAUCCGAUUUCUUUGGGAGAGUGAAAGACAAGGCCGGAGAUAUGGAAAGACUGUUGAAGGAAAAGGACAAACAUGGUAUUCUCGCAAAAAUGAAGGAGGGAGCGGAAACUAUGCAGACUAAGUUACAAGCGAAAGCGGAGCAACUAAAGGGGCAGAUGGAGAAUAAAGGUAAGUGUAUGUUAGAGAGAGAUAGUAAAUAA